CCCCACGACUUGCAUACAUAGCACAUAGUCUUGCCGUUCUUUACAUCGCAACGAGUAUCCUCGGGGGUCUGUAAUAUAUUCCCACGCCUCGUACAUCCCGCCUCCGCUCACGAAACGACCCCAUCCGUGCCCAACGACGUCGACGAAACAAAUACCAAUGUCCUUUUUCAGGGGCCCCGCGGCACCCGCCCGCGUUCCGACCGAUCGAGUAAUCCCUCUGCACUUUUGGGACGAGAGCCCACUGUACAGGAGAAUUGCACUAUACAACCUAAAGGUCUUUGACGACGUGCUGGACUCGGAGAAGCUUCGAGGGAGUCUCGAGACGCUGGUCUCGCAGAACACUUGGCGGAAACUUGGUGGUAGGCUGAGGAAAGACGCCAAGGGGGGACUCGAGUACCAUGUUCCAGCCGAGUUCACCACGGUUCGCCCAGCUGUCGGGUUCACACACGUGGAUUACGGCGAUGUGACCAUGGCCAACCAUCCACUGGCCUCGCGGUUACCCAAGCCAUCUGCGCGUCCCGCCGUUGUGGGAGACCCAGACGAGUGUAUCGACCUGGCAUGUGGACCGGGUUGUCCAACAUCCAUCGAUGAUUACCUCUACACGGACCGGCCGUUGCUGGGUCUCCAUGUCGUCUCCUUCAAGGAUGCCACGCUGGUUACUCUGCAUUGGCUGCAUAUAGCAUGCGAUGCCCUGGGUAUGAAGGCGUUGGUAGGUGGCUGGGUCCUUGCGAUGCAAGGCAAGCCAAUUCCCAUGCAGCAAGGCUUCGACUACGACCCGCUGGCAGAGUUCGGCAAGCAUCCAAAGGAACCACAUAAAUUGGCGGACCAACGCAUGACAACGUCGUCUUUGCUCACGUACGGCUUCAAGAACGGGUACAAUCUGCUGGUUGGCAAGAAGGAGUGCCGCAUGGUCUGCAUUCCCGGCCGGUUCCUGAACAAGCUUCGUAGCGAUGCUCUACAAGACCUCGCGGCCGCCGGUGUCGAGAAGCCGUUUCUCACGGACAACGACAUUCUCGUCGCCUGGUGGACGCGUAUGGCGCUGUCGCACCUCCCAGCGGACUCGGAGCGUCCUGUAACUGUGCAGCUUGCCAUGUCGCUCCGAAAGUCAUUAGAGAAGGACCUGUUGCCCCCGGAGAAGCCAUUCGUAUCCAACUGUUUCGGGUUUACCAACCUACUACUCCCCGCGAAGGACUUCAAGCAGAAGCCCAUAAGUAACAUUGCAGCACAGAUGCGAACUGCGCUCAGCGAGCAGAGCACUCGCGCGCAGGUCGAGGCGUAUCAAGCCAUGGUGCGAGACUCUGUGGCCCCCCUGCCGGUUUUUUUCGGAACCGGUGCGACGUAUCAGAUCUCAUACUCGAACUGGACAAAGGCUGAUCUUUACGGGGCCGACUUUUCGGCAGUGGCAGCGAAGCCGAGGGAGACGCCGCUGUAUGCCUCGUACAUUGCGCAUUGUCAAGUUCCUUUUCAGUUCCCUGAGGGCUUUAUUGUGGUGGGCAAGGACUCGAGAGAGAACACCUGGCUCUGCGGGUAUCGCACCCAGGGGUUGUGGGACGUAGUUGAAAAGGAGUUGAAUGAGCUUGGGGAAAUGUGAUGGGCGACUUUGGGUGUUCUGUGUUUUUGUUUGAUACUAAUAGUGUUUCAAUUAUUCGUAACUGAACUUGGUCUCUUCUAUUGUGGGUUUGAGGAGUAGACACGUACAAUCAGACUACUAAAUUCUGUCAUUCGUGUCCGACUCUAGGUUAGACGACUUGGCGACAAUUGACAUGUCGAUAUUUGCAACUCCACCAACUCCCCGCUUGAAUGUGGCUUGUAUCCCCCCCUGACCAUAGAACCCUGGCAAAAUGGCGAAAUACCGCUUUUAAUAGCGGCCGAUCACGCCAGGCAGCGGAGGUUCCGCCGGCCGCUUAAGCGAAUUCCGUGUGGCUGGAGAGCUUGAAUAAAUCGAAA